AUGCCGGUGACCCUUAUGCAGGAUUCUGACACGUAUUUCUUACACAGGGAUUCUGGCACGUAUUUCUUACACAGGGAUUCUGACACGUAUUUCUUACACAGGGAUUCUGACACGUAUUUCUUACACAGGGAUUCUCACACGUAUUUCUUACACAGGGAUUCUGACACGUAUUUCUUACACAGGGAUUCUGGCACGUAUUUCUUACACAGGGAUUCUGACACGUAUUUCUUACACAGGGAUUCUGACACGUAUUUCUUACACAGGGAUUCUGACACGUAUUUCUUACACAGGGAUUCUGACACGUAUUUCUUACACAGGGAUUCUGGCACGUAUUUCUUACACAGGGAUUCUGGCACGUAUUUCUUACACAGGGAUUCUGACACGUAUUUCUUACACAGGGAUUCUGACACGUAUUUCUUACACAGGGAUUCUCACACGUAUUUCUUACACAGGGAUUCUCACACGUAUUUCUUACACAGGGAUUCUCACACGUAUUUCUUACACAAUGAUUCUCACACACAUUCUUACACAGGGAUUCCCAAAUAG